GUUUCUUCCAGCUGAUGUCGCCUCUUUCGUUGCUCUCCUACAUCACAACCCAACUUCGUUGCUGCCAUUAACCCAUCUAUCUAAGCCUAAUGUGUCACUCUUAACAACCACCAUCUUUCAGGUCUGCCUCAAUCUAAGGUCCAAGAAAUUGGUAAUAUGUUUUAUGGGGAUACAACAAGAGUAAAUGCAAAACCAGAUUUUCAAGGUUUUGUGCAAGUUUGCACUAAAGACACUAAAGACUAAACCUGUCCUUGAGCAAGUGUUUCUUAUCACCACUUCUAGAUUUGAGGCUGAUUUCAACGACGAGAGAGAGUCAAUUGUAGCUAUUAGAGAAAUAUUGAACCAUCCUCGUGGAUAUGCUAGGGACUUUCACGCAUGUUUUCUAUGGGUUCUAAUGAUAUCGUUCCUGGUUGGCGGCUUAGGUGGUUUAUCACCACAGAUUCUAAUGAAAAGUGGAUGCUUGCAACACGUUGUGUAA